AUGUCGGAGCGGCUAUUCGCGGAGCUGCGGCGCCACUUCUACUCUACGCCCAGCAGCUACCUGGACCUGCUACAGCUCUACAUGUCGUUGCUUGAUACUAAGCGUCAUGAGAUCAUCUGCGGACGCGACCGCAUCUCCUGCGGACUAGAGGUAACGAUAAUCAUCUAUAAAUGCGACAUUAACAAAAGUACUCAAAUAGCAACUUCACAUAGAGAUGCGAACUGA